AUGCCGGAGCAGAGUAACGACUACCGGGUGGUGGUGUUUGGAGCCGGUGGCGUGGGGAAGAGCUCGCUGGUUCUUCGUUUUGUUAAAGGCACCUUCAGAGACACCUACAUCCCCACCGUGGAGGACACCUACAGACAGGUGAUCAGCUGUGAUAAGAGCGUCUGCACACUGCAGAUUACAGACACAACAGGAAGUCAUCAGUUUCCCGCCAUGCAGCGUCUGUCCAUCUCCAAAGGUCACGCCUUCAUCUUGGUCUACUCCAUCACCAGCCGCCAAUCACUGGAGGAGCUCAAACCCAUCUACCAACAGGUUGUGGCCAUCAAGGGCAACAUGGAGUCCAUUCCCAUCAUGCUCGUAGGCAACAAGAGUGACGAGACGGCCCAGCGUGAGGUGGAAUCGAAGGAGGGCGAGGCUCAGGCUGGUGCCUGGAAAUGUGCCUUCAUGGAGACGUCGGCCAAGAUGAACUCCAACGUGAAGGAACUGUUCCAGGAGCUGCUGGCUCUGGAGAAGAAGAGGGACAUGAGUCUGAGCAUCGACGGGAAGCGCUCGGGAAAACAGAAACGAGCCGACAAGCUGAAGGGGAAGUGCAGCAUCAUGUAG